GUGUGUUGUCUCUCCCUCUCUUUCUGCACAUUUUGCAUGCCUGUCACUGCCUUCUCUUGGGACUAUUGGGAAGCUUUGCAGCAGAGGAGCUACAAAACAACAGGAAUACACUAUUAAUUCACAGGUGCUGGUCUGAUCAUGGCCCCCAAACUGAGCGUGCUGCUGCUACUGCUGGCCGUUGCCACGGUAACGGUUCUGGCCCAGAGGCGACGCCCGACGUCGACGGCCACCGAUGAGUGGAACUACAGGGAUGGCUCUGAGCGGGUGAACAUGCGCGGCGUGGCCAACCUCACUCAGAUUCUGGACAACUGGAGGUUCGACAUCCUGAACCAGAUGAGAGGACUUCUGCAGAACGACCACCAGUCCCUCCUGCCGGACUACGCCAGGAUCCAGCCGCUGUCUGAGGCUUUAGACGACCUCUACAAGGAGUUCAACGCCCUCAAAGCUCACCUGGGCGACCUGACCGAGAAGUUCUCCGCCAUAGAAACUUUCAUCGACGAGGUCAAGGCCGGCAGAGCCAACAGCGCCAACGCCGGCCCAGCCCCGGCCCCGGCUCCAGCCCCCGUCCCUCGACAGACCGGGAGGAGGCUGGUGAAGAAGAAGGCCACCGCCUCCUCCUGAGCAGCCGAUGACGGGCCUCUUCCACCCUGAUGUUUGCUUCUUCUCAUGCUCGUCUUCUUUCUGCUCCUCCUGUCUGACAGUGCUGGCGCUCUGAAGCUAAUCUUCCUUUAAUUAUCUGCACAGUGAACUUCUUGCAGCAAGGCACACUUUAAAGAAAGAAAAUAUACAAUAAAGUAUGAUUAAAAAUCUGAAAUAUACAGCAAAUAAAAGAUGUCACUUAUAUAAAGUUUGGACCAUAAAUCUAAUUAAUGGAAUUGGUAAAAUAUGCACUUAUGUGUCUGAAAUCACUCACUGACUCGUCCAUAUGAGAAAGACCCUGAAUAGAGAGUGAGCGUCUAUAAAAUGUGGGAUUGUUAGCAGAAAGUAGCUUCGUAUCGCUGAUGAAUUUAGUCGAGAUCCAGACGUUCAAACAAAGUGGCAGAGAAUAAACAGAAAGGAUUGAUCUAAGACGCAGCCGCCGGCUUUUACAGCGUGACGUCUGAGAGUUUCAUCCCGCUAAAACUCCACAAACAUUUCCAGGGCUUUGAUUGGACAGAUCUUCUCGUCCCAGCUGAGCUGCUCACUUGUUCUGUUUGUCCUGAG